AAAAUGGUCAAGGCACGUAACCUGAGAACCAUAGAGUAGCGUCUAGCGUCAUAUCUCUGGUUUCAAGGAAAAAGCAAUGUAAACGAAAAAAUUGAAAGAGUGAAAAUAUUGCUCAACUCAUAUUCCCCACACCAACAAAAUUUUUCGUAACGAUUUUCUCAAUUCAAGUACAUAAAAAUUCUUUUUUGUUCUUCACCUCUUGUCACCAAAAUAGUCAAUAUGAGGGAAUGCAUUUCAAUACACAUUGGUCAAGCAGGAGUGCAGAUGGGAGAUAUGUGUUGGGAACUCUACUGCCUAGAACACGGUGUGACACCUAAUGGCACCAUGAAGAAUAUAGACAGUCAGUCUAAUUCAAAUAACUGCCACAAUUCGUUCUUCUCUGAAAAUGAAGCCGGGAGGCACAGUCCGAGAGCCAUCAUGUUGGAUUUAGAGCCUACCGUCAUAGACCAGGUGCGCAGUGGACAGUACAGGGAGCUGUACCACCCAGAGCAGCUGAUAUCCGGCAAGGAGGACGCAGCCAACAACUACGCCCGCGGCCACUACACAGUGGGCGCCGAGUUGAUCGACGCCGUGAUGGACCGCGUGCGCAAACUCUCGGAGCGCUGCGACGGCCUGCAGGGUUACAUCGUGUCGCAUUCGCUGGGCGGCGGCACCGGCUCUGGCUUCACGUCGCUGCUCAUGCAGCGGCUCGCCGACUCCUUCCGCAAGAAGACCAAGCUCGAAUUCGUCGUCUAUCCAGCCCCGCAGGUAUCUACGGCUGUCGUUGAGCCAUACAACUCAAUCCUGAUGACACACAGCAACAUGGAAUAUUCAGAUUGUUCCUUCAUGGUAGAUAAUGAAGCUAUCUAUGACAUCUGUCGACAGAAAUUGGACAUAGACAGACCAACAUAUAAAAAUUUAAAUCGUCUCAUCAGUCAAGUGGUUUCUUCAGUAACAGCUUCUCUACGCUUUGAUGGUGCACUUAAUGUUGACUUAAAUGAAUUCCAGACCAACCUGGUGCCAUACCCACGUAUCCACUUUCCACUAACAGCAUAUGCACCUGUACUGUGUACUCGUAAGUCAUUCCAUGGUGGAAUGACAGUUCCUGAGAUAACUGCAGAGUGUUUUGAGCCUGACAACCAGAUGGUUAAAUGCAAUCCUCGCAAUGGAAAAUACAUGGCAUGCUGCUUGCUCUAUAGAGGGGAUGUUGUACCCAAGGAUGUGAAUGCUUCUAUUGAAAUGCUCAAAUCAAGGACUGGUAUUCAGUUUGUUAAAUGGAGCCCAACUGGAUUCAAGAUUGGCAUCAACUAUCAGCCUCCAACAGCUGUGCCAGGAGCUGAUCUCGCACAAGUCCAAAGAGCUGUUUCUCUACUAAGUAACACAACUGCUAUUGCAGAAGCUUGGGCAAAGUUGAAUCACAAAUUUGACUUGAUGUACAACAGACGUGCUUUUGUUCACUGGUAUGUUGCAGAAGGAAUGGAAGAAGGUGAAUUUGGUGAAGCUCGUGAAGAUCUAGCAGCACUUGAAAGGGAUUAUGCAGAAGUAGCUAAUGAUUCAUCUGAUAAUAUGUUAGAAGAAUUUUAGGAAGUGUGUAUUGAAAUGUAGUCUGUAUUGUGAUAAUCACCUGGCAUUCAAGUCUCUUCUUCAGAAAUCUGUCGUUAAUCUUUGAAUAAGAAAGUGCAAAAUUGGAAUGCUAUCUUAGAAAAUGACUCAUGCAUAAUCAUACUCCUCUGUGAUUCAUAUAUUUUUGAUGAAGUUUGUAAAAUAUGUCAAUAAAGGUUGGGGAAAUAUA